AUGAGAAUCAUCAUAGCCAAAAGGGCAUUCAAAAUCUUAACCCCACGUUUUCAAACACUGUGGUUGACCCACUCUUCCUUGUCAACCUCACAUUCCGGCGGAUUUUCCGACGAUUCCGAGCCGGAGUCAUGGAAAACGAUGGAGGGUCUUCUCCGCUCCCCGGCCAAUUUCUCUCCUUUAUCUCCAGUCACGUUCUUGGAAAGAUCCGCCCAAGCUUACAGAGACAGAACCAGUGUUGUGUUUGGUUUCGUCAAGCACACUUGGUUCCAAACUUACCAACGUUGUCUCCGCCUUGCAUCUGCUCUUACUCACCUCGAAGUCUCUCCAGGCGACGUGGUUGCAGUUUUGGCGCCGAACGUUCCAGCGAUGCACGAGCUUCAUUUCGCUGUUCCAAUGGCUGGUUUGAUUCUCUGUCCACUCAAUACUCGUCUCGAUACUUACACAUUGUCUGUUUUGCUCGAACACUCUGAGGCGAAGAUCCUCUUCGUUGAUCACCACUUACUUGAGGUUGCUCAUGCAGCUCUUGAUCUUCUUGCUAAAUCAGACAGAACAAGAAAAUUUCCCACUCUUGUAUUGAUCUCUCAGUCUAAUGAUGAUGAGGAUGAGGGAUCAUCAAGCCUAGAUUCUAACUACUCUUUUGAUUACGAUUACGAAACUCUUGUUGCCUCCGGAGACAGCGAGUUCGAGGUGAUCAAACCGAGAAACGAAUGGGAUCCGAUCAGUAUAAACUACACUUCAGGGACAACCUCGAGACCUAAAGGUGUAGUGUAUAGUCAUAGAGGAGCUUAUCUCAACUCUCUCGCUACUGUUUUUCUUCACCAGAUGUCUGUCUCUCCCGUCUAUCUAUGGACAGUACCGAUGUUUCACUGCAACGGAUGGUGUCUCAUUUGGGGAGUAGCGGCUCAAGGCGGUACAAAUAUCUGCCUCAGAAAGGUCUCUCCUAAGCUGAUCUUUAAUAGCAUUGCGACACACAGAGUGACACACAUGGGAGGAGCGCCAACGGUUCUGAACAUGAUUGUCAACUCCCCUGUGACGGAGCGUAAGCCGCUUCCUCACAGGGUCGAGAUCAUGACGGGUGGGUCACCCCCUAUGCCGCAGAUCUUGGCUAAGAUGGAAGAGUUAGGAUUCAAUGUGUCACAUCUUUACGGCUUGACAGAGACAUACGGUCCAGGGACACAUUGCGUGUGGAAACCUGAAUGGGAUUCGCUUUCUUUGGAAGAGAGAACUAAGUUAAAGUCUAGACAAGGAGUGCAGCAUUUGGGUUUAGAAGGGCUCCAAGUGAAAGAUCCGGUGACAAUGGAGACUGUACCUAAUGAUGGUGUGACCAUGGGUGAGGUUAUGUUUAGAGGAAACACAGUGAUGAGUGGAUACUUCAAGGACUUAGAGGCAACGAAGAAAGCUUUCGAGGGAGCUUGGUUCCACAGUGGUGAUCUUGCUGUUAAGCAUCCGGAUAUGUAUAUAGAGAUAAAAGAUCGGUUAAAGGAUGUGAUCAUAUCCGGAGGAGAAAAUAUAAGCACGGUGGAAGUUGAGAGAGUUUUGUGCUGUCACCAAGCGGUUCUUGAAGCUGCUGUUGUGGCGCGUCCGGAUAAUCACUGGGGACAGACUCCUUGCGGGUUUGUGACGCUGAAAGAGGGGUUUGAUGGUGUUAAACCCGAGGAGGUUAUUGAGUUUUGUAGAGAUCAUUUGCCUCAUUACAUGGCUCCAAAGACUAUUGUGUUCGGAGUCUUACCUAAAACAUCGACAGGGAAAGUACAGAAGUAUCUACUGAGGAAGAGUGCUGAUGCAAUGGGAAGCUUGUAA